CUAUAGUAGUGUAGUAGACAGGACCUGUAGUAGUGUAGUAGUGCACCAUAGGGAAUUGGGAUCCAUUUUGGACUCACCCACUGAGGUCUCUUCCCCAAGGCCGUAGGAGUCUGGCUGGUUCAGUGCAGAGUCUGUCUGCCGUGACGCUGGACCAAAAAGACCAACAGAAGGAUCGUAAAGAGAGUGCAACGUCUACAGACCACCCAGACCUCCCUCCUAAACUAGUCACCCGUCGAAGAUUGGACAGACCGGACAAGAUGGAGUCUUCCAGCAACGGAUACCAGAGACCAGGAUCAGUGGUUGCUGCGAGAGCCAUGCUGUUUGAAAACUGCCCUUCUGCGGCGCAGACCACACCUGUUGGAAGAGACGCGAAGGCCAUGUACUCCUGUGAGGCAGAACACAGCCAUGAGCUCAGCUUCCCACAAGGGGCUUUCUUCUCAAACGUGUAUCCAUCUAUUGAACCUGGCUGGAUCCAAGCAACGUUCCAGGGAAAGACUGGCUUGAUCCCUGAGAACUAUGUGGUUUAUCUCUAACAACAAACUGACUGCGCCGACACCUUAACAACCCAACCUGGAUCAUGUCAUGGUAUCCAUGGUAACGAUCAUCUGUAACGUGAUUGAUAUGAUUGUUGUGAAGGCCAGGUGUCCCUAUUGAUCAGAAAUGUAGAUAUGGGAACGUUGAGUAUAGUUCAUAUGCAGUAGAAGGAGCAGAUGUGUGUUUUAUCACCUGAAUGAUAUACCUACCUAUCUACCUACCUACCUACCUACCUACCUACCUACCUACCUACCUACCUACCUACCUGCCUACCUAACCACCUAUCUACCUACCUA